AUGGCCAGAGCGGCGCUCACAGUCCUCUUAGCAGGUCUGACCACCUCUGCAAUCGCCGCACCUCACGACUCCACAAGGACAACGCCCUCGAUCGGCUACAUCGACGUCUCAGUCGCCACACUCUGGACAAACCCCUCCAAACCCCGUGCAAUCGACGCCCCAGCGCUGCAAAACCCAGCCCAAAUCCAACAAUGGCUCGACUCAAUGACCACAGCCGAGUACCUCGACCUCACCGACAGCGAUAGAACGCAAACACAAGCCCUCUACGGGACACAAGUGCACAUCCUCAACUCUACGGACGACUGGUACGAAAUCGCCGUCCCGGAUCAAUUGACGCCGAAGAACGCACUGGGAUAUCCUGGCUGGGUCGCCGCGGUGCAAGUAUCAUUCAACGAAGGAUACGGCAAACUCCAAGCAAGCAAACCCUUCGCCCAAGUCGAAAGCGCAGCAACAGUGCCUCUCUACCACGACCCCUGGCUCCGCAACCCCAUCAUGAACAUCAGCUACGGCACCCGCCUCCCCGUUCUGAGUACAAACCCAAAUAGCCGGUGUUCGAUCCAAGUCUCCCUCACCUCCUGCAAAACAGCCUACCUCCCCUCCAACUCCGCCAAAAUCUACAACUCCCCCUCCUCCAUCCCCCACCCCACCGGCGCCGACCUCGUCCGGUCCGGCACCCUCUUCCUCUCCCGCGCCUACCUCUGGGGCGGUACCUCCGGCUACGCCUUCGACUGCGCCGGCUUCACGGGCACCCUCUACCGCGCCCAUGGAAUCACCAUCGCGCGGGACUCGGGCGCCCAAGCCACAUACACGGGCCAUGGCGUCAGUGUGGAGAAGGAGGCUCUGGAGAUGAGGGAUCUGUUGUUCUAUGCGACGAAUGUGAGUGAUGCGGCGAGUAUUCAUCAUGUGGCUAUGUAUGCGGGGCAGGGGGAGAUGUUGGAGGCGUAUGGGGCGGGGGUCCCGGUUAGGAGGACGGGCGUUAGGUUUGGGGGGGAGUUUUGGGGGGCGGAGAGGGUUUUGGUGUGA